AGGGCAGGAAGAGGCCAGCUGCUUCCGCCGAGGCCAGCGGGCGGAGCCGCCCCCGCCGCUCCGCUCCGCCUCCCGCCCCCACCCUCCCUCCUCCCCUCUUGGGCGGGGGCGCGUGCGCGCGGGGAGGAUGCGGUCGGGCACGGCCCCGGCAGCGACGCUGACGGACGUGGUAAUUCUAGAAGCCAUGAACAUACUCUUCAGAAUAAGAGGAGGCUUGGAUCUUGCAUUUCAGCUAGCAACUACUGAUGAGGCAUCAACAAAAAAGGCAUUAGGAUAUGUUUUCAGUGAUCUUGCAAACAAACUGUCCUCAGAUGUUCUGGUAUUAAGAAUUUGCCGCAGUUCAGUCUAUGUAUGGCCUAACAAUGGUAUGAACACUGUUCCAGAGCUGACUGAUGAUACUCCUUGUAAGGAGAUAAGACGAUUUAUACAGUUUGAUCAAGAUGAUGAGACCAAACGAAAGCUUGGGAAAAAAAAGGAUAAAAAGUUACAAGAUAUGCAGCAAAUAGUCAAUAUAGACCUCAUGUUGGAAAUGACAUCUUCAUUAGCUGCUUUGGCUCCGGUCAUUGAAAGGGAAAAUAAGGAACACCACUACAUAAAUAUGACAUUGCCAGUUGAUGUUGUUGUAUCUGUUUCUCCAGAAGAAACAUGGGGAAAGGUACAGAAUCUCCUGGUGAAAGCAAUUCACAGGCAAUUAAAUGACAUGGAAAGGUGUAUCAUGAAAUACAUGAAGGGAACAUCAAUUGUGGUACCAGAACAAUUUCAUUUCAUGCUGCCAGGAAAAAAUCACCUUGUCACAAUCUCAUAUCCUACAGGCAUUUCAGAUGAUCAGCUGGAAAGUUACAGAAAGGAAUUGCAUGGAUUGUUCAAUCUGCCCUGUGACAGACCGUAUUUCAAGAGAGCAAAUGCUUAUCAUUUCCCAGAUGAACCAUAUAAAGAUGGAUACCUCAGAAACCCACAUUUACAUCUUAGUUCCCCUGGUGCAGAGUCUGGCAUGGUUUAUCUAGUACAUGGUGUGUAUAGCUACCACCACUAUAUGCAGGAUCGGACCGAUGACAGCGGCUGGGGCUGUGCCUAUCGGUCUUUGCAGACAAUCUGCUCUUGGUUCAAGCAGCAAGGUUACAUUGAUGCCCCUAUACCAACACACAAGGAAAUUCAGCAGGCACUGGUUGAUGCUGGAGACAAACCUGCAGCAUUUGUUGGGUCACGGCAAUGGAUUGGUUCAAUCGAGGUGCAACUUGUUUUGAAUCAGCUUUUUGGAAUAACUUCAAAAAUACUAUUUGUCAGCCAGGGUUCUGAACUGGCAUUGCAGGGAAGAGAGCUUGCCAAUCAUUUCAAGACUGAAGGAACUCCAAUCAUGAUAGGUGGAGGUGUUUUGGCUCAUACAAUAUUAGGAGUGGCUUGGAAUGAAAUUACAGGGCACAUAAAAUAUUUGAUUCUAGACCCACAUUACACUGGAGGAGAGGAUCUGCAUGUUAUUUUGGAAAAGGGCUGGUGUGGAUGGAAGGGCCCAGAGUUUUGGAACAAGGACGCCUAUUAUAAUCUCUGCCUACCUCAACGACCAAAAACCAUUUAAAUUCCCCUUUUAUGCUGGAACAUGCUAAGAAUACUAGCUGAUCCAGGUACUACUAUCAUGUUAUUUAUCGGAAUAAUGCUUUAAGUCAAAUGAAAACCCAGUUGAAGCAGAACUGUUGCUUGAAAAAUUUAAGAUUUUUUAAAUGAAACCUCUAAAAGUAGGAAUUAUCUGGUGUGAACUGUAUUUCUUACUUAUGAGGUAGCUAAUGGUCUCUUCUUUUGGCUACAGCAACUUUUAUGUUAAAGACUACAGAUUAAAUGUCCCAAACUUUUAUAGAAUUCUUCCCUGUGGAAAAAAAAUGAACUGCCCUCUACCUUUCAGAUUGCUUUUAGCCAGCUGUCUUGUGUACUAUCAGUCUGUUCAAACCCAUUGUUUGCUCCUGGUAGGUACUGUUGAUAACAGCAUUUUAGAAGAUAAUUGGGAUUAAAGUGAGUCUGUGUACUGGAUUUUAUGAACUUCAUUGUCAUAUUUACACAGGAGAAAAAAUAAUUAUUUGUUAUACGUUCAUUUCUUUAUAGCUGUAUGAAUACAACUGUUCUGGAAAAAACAACACAAGUGUCUUCUGUAAGAAGUAAAAACAAACUAGCUUUCCUCCUUCUCAGAAGGAGACCAUGUACCAGUGUACACACCUGGCUGCUCAGUGCACAGUCCAGUCAUGUUUCUUCAGACUUUGGAUUCUCCUCUAUUUCAUUUUGGGAUUACAGGCUUUGUCAACUAGGAUCUAUCACAUGGACAAAUAAGAGUAAGUCUGCAGCUCCAGCAUAACUAAAAGUAUCUAUUUUUUAAUCUGUAUUAAAGUAGCCUUUUCAGUGGCAUUCUUCAUGUACUGUCCCUUCUCAGAAAGAUCAUGACCUUAGAUAUGUAGACAAGUUGAUCCUUACUAGAAGGCUUCUAAAUCAAUCUGUGUCUAACAGCAAAUUUGCUUAAAUUAAAAGCAUUUAAAAAAACCCAACAAA